AUGACCAACAAAUUUGAAGAACAAUUGCGAUUUACUUUGGAAUAUGUCACUUCCAAAUCAUUAUCAUUAAAUAAAGCUGCAAUUAAAUAUAACAUUCCUAAGUCAACUGUGCCAAUGAGUAUAACAGUAAAAACUCCUUUAGUCAGAAAAAUGGGUCUUGGAUCAUUAUUGAGUGAUGAUGAAGAAAAACAAAAGCCUAAAUAUUAA